AAGGGAUCCUUGUCUCCUCCUGACUCUGGGUGACAAUGGCCAGUGUGGACUGGGGAGAGCCUGAGGGACUGGACUCCCCUCAAGGCCUGAAGCAGAACUGGCACCAGUGGAGUUUUGUCAACCACAGCCUGGCACUGGGGAAGAGUCGUUGCUUUGGCUUCGACAUGGACUACACUCUGGCUGCCUACAAGUCCCCAGCCUACGAGGCCCUGGCCUUCCAGCUGCUGCUGGAGCUCCUAGCGUGCAUUGGAUACCCACACGAGAUCCUGCGCUACACCUACGACCCCACCUUCCCCACCAGGGGGCUGUUGUUCAGUGCGCUCUAUGGGAACCUGCUGAAGGUGAAUGCCCACGGGAAUGUGCUGCUGGGUGCCCAUGGCUUCACCUUUCUCUCAGAGUAAGGGACAAAGGAGAUCUGGAGCUUCUACCCCAACAAGUUCAUUCAGAGGGAUGACCUGCAGCACUUCCACAUCCUCAACACGCUCUUCAACCUGCCUGAAACCUACCUCUGUGCCUGCCUGUUGGACUUCUUCUCCGGCUGCUCCCGUUACACCAACUGUGACACAGGUUAUCAGCAUGGGAACCUCUUCAUGUCCUUCCGAAGUCUCUUCCAGGAUGUGACUGAUGCCAUAAAUAAUGUCCACCAGUCGGACUGUCUCAAGGAGAAGACCCUGGAGGACUUGGAGAAAUAUGUGGAGAAGGAUCCACGCCUCCCCAUCCUGCUGGGGAAGAUGAAGGAGGUUGGGAAAGUGUUCCUGGCCACCAACAGCAGCUACAACUACACCGAUUGAGCCAUCAUGACCUACCUGUUCAGCAUCAGUGAGGCUGAAGCCUCGGUCAGGCCCCGGAGGUCCUACUUCGACCCGAUAGUGGUGGACACGCAGAAGCCCCGCCUCUUUGCAGAGGGGGUGGUCCUGAGGCAGGUCAACACGGACUCAGGAAAGCUCCGCGUGGGCACCCACACAGGGUCGCACCAGCAUUGUGCUCUCUACUCUGGAGGCUCAUCGGACAUGGUGUGCGAGCUGCUUGGGGUUCGGGGGAAGGGCAUCCUGUAUAUUGGGGACCACAUUUUUGGGGACAUUCUGAAGUCCAAGAAGAGGCAGGACUGGCGGACCUGCCUGGUGGUUCCUGAGCUGUCCCGGGAGCUGGACAUCUGGGCCCGCGAGAAGGAGGGGUUGGAGGAGCUGAAGAGGCUGGACAUGCACCUGGCAGACCCAAACCAGGACAUGGAUGGGAGCAGUUGUGAGCUGCAAGUCAUCAACUUUACCAACAGAGAGAUCCAGAUGCCACAUAAGUCAGUUGUGGAGCAAGAACGGGCCAGUCUGGACCCUGCCUCCCGCCUCCUCUCCUGCAGCCAGAGGGUGAGUGGCUGUGGCCAAGGAGCUCUGUGGCCACAGAGGGCUUGGAGCAGUGGUUCCCAGUGGGGUUGUAUCAACCUCAGGGCGCAUGAGGCAAUGGGGGCGGGGGGCUUGUGGGCUUGCUUUCGUCUGCAAGCAUAGUCAUUCCUGAUUAUUUAUGUAAAAAUACGUAUUAUUUUAUUGUAAAAUGCUUUUCUUUU